ACCUACUACACUCUACGGCCCUUUUGAUCUGCGGAAGCCGCGACAACUCACCUUCAAAUGUGUAAAGAGAUUUGAUUGCACAUUACCAAAUCGAUUAAACAACAACAUGACGGUUAAGGUCCAUGCUGGAGAAUGGGUUUCUCACACGCUCCGUAUCUCCCCCGUCAUACUUAUGAGAAUCAUCGAAGAGGCUAAGAAGCAUGCAAGCAAGGUCACGUUCUCCUCAGUCUUUCACGGUACCGGUAUCCCAAAGUUGUCGGACUAUCAGCCAGGCGUGGGUAAAGAAGGAGCAGAUGGGAAGUCGGUACCAAUUACCCCCCAGGAUUGGUCUACGCUGGUUCUUCCCUGGCUUGAGUCCGCUGGAGUGCUUACAGAGGACAUCAGGAAGCAGUAUGAGGAGGCUCGAGUAUGGGCUGCCGAACAUCCUCUUGAGGCUACACUUCUCGUACUUGUUGUAUCAGGUGUCCUGAUUGUAUUGGUCGCCUACCCUCAUCUUCUAUACAAGCCUAUUCUGAAAGCCAUCGGUUUCACUUCUAAAGGUGUAUCAAAAAAUACUAUCGCAAGUGCAGUGCAAUCCUGGAUUGGAAACAUAGCAAAAGGAAGCACUUUUGCAUGCAUCCAGAGCAAAACCAUGGGUGGAGUGGGUGCUUUCACUCUUGCUCCUUGGAUUUAUACCGGUGUCCUGGGUAGUACCGCUGCUUGCGUUCGUGCAGGUUUGGGUAUCAUGAGGCCGAGUCCAGGAGAGCGUCAUCCCCUCAAGGCGAAACUGUGAUUUAAACGGCUGGUACGUGGCCGGUUCAGCCCCGGCCUCCCACACAAUCAUGUGGGGGUGCAGUUGGGAACCAUCACACCAUGACAUGGCUGUUGGCCGUCUGCAUAGGCCUAGUGGGUUCUGGUUGGCGCCUAUUUUGUCAGCGGUUUUGCAUAUCAAAAAGGCAAGGCAGAGUCUAAUCAUCCGGCUCCCUCUUGAAGGUACUUGAGCCAUCGUAUAUCUUGACAUCCGAUACAUAUAAGCCUUUCAAGCUUCCGUCCUUGUCUCCCCACUGUCAUCGCCUAUGAGCCACUUCCUGUUAACACUCAAUGUCAACUUCACUUCCACAAA